CGGCUUGAUUCUUGUGGGACGUGUAGAAACACGUCAUUCGAGAAUCGGCUCGUUGACGAACGACACAUGACUACCGUGAACGCACCACCGUCACCGUGUGUGUGAGUCACAUGACAGUCGAACAGCCUGUGCGUCUGAUCUGAUCCACAGCUAAUCAUCAUGCCGACCACACAGCAGUCUCCCCAGGAUGAGCAGGAGAAGCUUCUGGAUGAAGCGGUUCAGGCUGUCAAGGUCCAGUCUUUCCAGAUGAAGAGAUGCCUGGACAAGAACAAGCUGAUGGAUGCACUGAAACAUGCCUCCAACAUGCUGGGUGAGCUGAGGACCUCCAUGCUCUCUCCAAAGAGCUACUACGAGCUCUAUAUGGCCAUUUCUGAUGAACUCCACUACCUGGAGGUUUACCUGACAGAUGAGUUCGCUAAAGGACGUAAGGUGGCCGAUCUGUACGAGCUGGUCCAGUACGCAGGAAACAUCAUCCCCAGACUGUAUCUGCUGAUCACGGUGGGCGUGGUCUACGUCCGCUCCUUCCCUCAGUCUCGUAAGGACAUUCUGAAGGACCUGGUGGAGAUGUGUCGCGGGGUCCAGCACCCGCUGCGGGGCCUCUUCCUCAGGAACUACCUGCUGCAGUGCACACGCAACAUCCUGCCAGACGACGGCGAGCAGUCAGAGGGUUCAGAGGAGAUGACCGGCGACAUCAACGACUCCAUGGACUUUGUCCUGCUCAACUUUGCAGAAAUGAACAAGUUGUGGGUGCGAAUGCAGCAUCAGGGCCACAGCCGAGACCGGGAGAAGAGAGAGAAGGAGCGACAGGAGCUGAGGAUUCUGGUGGGAACCAACCUGGUCCGCCUCAGUCAGCUGGAGGGCGUCAAUGUGGACAAGUACAAACAGAUCGUUCUCCCUGGUGUACUGGAGCAGGUGGUGAACUGCAGAGACUCGCUGGCUCAGGAGUAUCUCAUGGAGUGCAUCAUUCAGGUUUUCCCGGAUGAGUUCCACCUUCAGACCCUGAACCCUUUCCUGAGAUCCUGCGCCGAGCUUCAUCAACACGUCAACGUCAAGAACAUCAUCAUCGCGCUCAUCGACAGACUGGCUCUGUUUGCUCAUCGAGAAGACGGUCCUGGAAUCCCAGCUGAGAUCAAACUGUUUGACAUCUUCUCUCAACAAGUGGCCACUGUCAUUCAAUCCCGUCAGGACAUGCCGUCAGAGGACGUGGUGUCUCUCCAGGUGUCUCUCAUCAAUUUGGCCAUGAAAUGUUACCCUGACCGCGUGGACUACGUGGAUAAGGUCCUGGAGAGCACGGUGGAGAUCUUCAACAAGCUCAACCUGGAACACAUAGCGACGAGCAGCGCCGUGUCCAAGGAGCUGACGCGGCUGCUGAAGAUCCCGGUGGACACUUACAACAACGUCCUGACGGUGCUGCAGCUCAAACACUUCCCGCCGCUGUUCGAGUACUUUGACUACGAGUCACGCAAGAGCAUGAGCUGCUACGUGCUGACCAACACGCUGGAGUACAACACCACCAUCGUGGCGCAGGAACAGGUGGACGCCAUCUUGAACCUGGUGUCAACACUGAUCCAGGACCAGCCUGACCAGCCGUCAGACGACCCCGACCCCGAGGACUUUGCUGAGGAGCAGAGUCUCGUGGGUCGUUUCAUCCACCUGCUCCACUCUGAAGACCCGGAUCAGCAGUACCUCAUCCUGAACACGGCCAGAAAACACUUUGGUGCCGGUGGAAACCAAAGGAUUCGUUACACACUCCCUCCGCUGGUGUUUGCUGCCUAUCAGCUGGCCUUCAGAUACAAGGACAACUCGUCAGUGGACGACAAGUGGGAGAAGAAGUGUCAGAAGAUCUUCUCCUUCGCCCACCAGACCAUCAGUGCUCUUAUCAAGGCCGAGCUGGCCGAGCUGCCUCUCCGCCUCUUCCUGCAGGGGGCGCUGGCCGCGGGCGAGAUUGGCUUUGAGAACCAUGAGACCGUGGCGUACGAGUUCAUGUCACAGGCGUUCUCUCUGUACGAGGAUGAGAUCAGUGACUCUAAAGCUCAGCUGGCAGCGAUCACGCUGAUCAUCGGGACGUUUGAGAGGAUGCGUUGUUUCAGCGAGGAGAACCACGAGCCUCUGAGGACCCAGUGUGCGCUCGCCGCCUCCAAACUGCUGAAGAAACCCGACCAGUGUCGAGCCGUGAGCAUCUGCGCUCAUCUCUUCUGGUCCGGACGCAGCACGGACAAAAGCGGCGACGAGAUCCGCGAUGGGAAGCGUGUGAUGGAGUGUCUAAAGAAAGCUCUGAAGAUCGCCAACCAGUGCAUGGACCCGUCACUGCAGGUGCAGCUGUUCAUCGAGAUCCUCAACAGAUACGUGUGUUUCUACGAGAGAGAAAACGACGCGGUGACGGUGCAGGUGCUCAACCAGCUGAUCCAGAAGAUCAGAGAAGAUCUUCCCAACCUGGAGGCGAGCGAGGAGACGGAGCAGAUCAACAAACACUUCCACAACACACUGGAGCAUCUGCGUCUGCAGAGAGAGUCGCCCGAGUCCGAGGGUCCGGCCUACGAGGGCCUGGUCCUCUAAAAGCACCACAGGUCUGAAGGACGGGACGUCCGUCCCAUAGAUGUUUCACUAUAUUAAGAAUAUAAAUCUACACACACACACACACACACUCACACAAACACAUCAAGGUGAGGAAUGAAAAUAAACCACGAAUGAUAAAAGAACUCCGUCCUGUAAUGUUUGUUUUUAUGAUUUUUACGAGUUUGCUCCUCGCUGUCCUUCCUGCUGCAGGUCAUGUGACGCCGUCUUUAGACCAGUAAACCUGUGGAAACGUGAGCGAGACGUGUCCAACAUGGGACACUCAGUCACUUUAAGUCUGCCAUGUCUUUAGGGACACGUUCACGUCUUUGUCUCACUGUGAGACAAAGACGUUUGUAAACCACUCACUCUCCCACACACACUCGCACAUGCACACACACACACACACACACACUCACUCUCCCGCACGCACGCACGCACACACACUCACUCCCCCACACACACACGCACGCACACACACACACACUCUCCCACACACACACACACACACAUGCACACUCACUCACUCACUCACUCUCCCACACACACACUCACUCACACACGCACACACACUCUCCCACACACACACACACACACACUCUCACUCUCCCACACACACACUCACACUCUUACAACUGUUUGAAAUCCUCUGUCCAGAUUGACGUCAGUGACACAAAGUGACCACACGAGGCAGCAGAGGAGCAGCAGCAGCUAAAAUCACUGAUUGUCUCUGUGAGGUUUGGUGUGUGUGUGUGUGUGUGUGUGUGUGUGUGUUACAGACUAACAGGGAGAUAAAGACGUGAACGUGUCCUUAAAGACAUCGUCAAGUUAAACUCAGAGAGUCGCAGCAGCCUCACAAAGUCCAACAUGGCUCCCACUCGUACAACCUGUGCUUGUCAGACUUAAAUUCACUCGUGUCUGAGUUUCUCAGUGAAUCAGUCGCUGGAUGCGGCGCUGCGAUACGUCCCGAGCGUCAGCAGCAGGGGGCGCUCACAGCCCAUGUGUCAGUGCCUCACACGACCAGACUCAUUCUUUGACACUUUCAUUUAGUUUCUCUUUGUGUUUGCAUCAUAUUUGUCUGUAGAUGUGUGUGGAUUUGUCACCACUGGACAGACACACACACACGACAGCAGCAGCAGCGUGUGCGCAGUGUGUUUGCAUGUUUUAAAAGACCAAACUAUGAUGUUUCACAUCGGUGACAUUGUGCGUGUGUGUGUGGAACAGUCCUGUCUCCCUCUCUCUCUCUCUCUGUCUCUGUCUCUCUCUCUGUCUCUCUCUCCUGUGUUUUUGGCUGAUUUGUUAAAGGUGCAUUUGUUGAUUUUUCUCUCCCGUCUUGAGUCCGUGUGUCAAACCCUCGUCUUUCUUGUGAAUCAGAUAAAGACGCAGAUGAAAAUAGCAAAACUAUCGCUGUCAUUUACUGAAAUAAAAACUGAAAUUAACAAUAAAUGUUUGCCUUCUGUUACUUUUACACAUAAGUGUAUGAAUAAUAUAAUAAAAUCCUAUCAUUACUAUAA